AUGGGGGAGUGCGGGGUCCCGGCCGGCGUCCAGCUGCUGCUCCGCGCGGGGGCGGCGGGGGGCCCGGGGUGGGGGGGGGCGCCCGCCCCCCCCCCGCCUCCGCCGCCCCCUCCCGGCUCGGUGCCCGUGGACGGGACGGACGAGGCCGGCAACACGGGGCUGCAGUUCGCCGCGGCCGGCGGGCACGAGGAGCUGGUGGGCUUCCUGCUGCGGAGGGGCGCCUCGGUGCAGAGCCGGAACUCCUGCGGGUGGAGCCCGCUCAUGCAAGCCGCCAGGUUUGGACAUCUAACUGUGUCUCGCAUCUUGCUGGAAAAUGGUGCUGACCUCAAUGCGCAGAAUAAACUGGGAGCCAGUGUGCUCACCAUGGCUUCUAGGGGCGGCCAUAUCAGUCUUGUCAAACUGUUGCUGGAAUCUGGCGCUUACGUUGACAAUUAUGACCACCUGAGUAUCAGCUUGGACAAGAGUAAAGAGGAACUGCCCGCUAUCACCCCUCUCAUGGCAGCUGUCCAGCAUGGGCACGAGGCAGUGGUCCAUCUGCUGUUGGACUGGGGAGCUGAUUGUAAUUACACCGUGAAAGCAAUGGGCUGGACCCCGCUAAUGUUAGCAGCUGUUAGCGGAAGAGUGAGUUUGGCCCAACAGCUCACGAACAAAGGAGCCGAUCCAGAUCAGCUGAACGUAUUGCAUAAAACUCCAUAUGAAAUAUCUGUUGACUUCAAACAUGAAGACAUGAAGGAUUAUCUGGCACCUCUCACAACAGUUAGACCUCAGACAGAUAAACAGAAGAGGCAGCCUGAUAUCUUCCAUGCCUUGAAGACGGGGAGCUUCCGGCUGCUGGAAGGGAUCACGGAUGAAGACCCAGCACAAAUCAACAUGGUCAAUGAUGAUGGUGCCUCCCCACUGAUGAUUGCCGCCGUCACUGGACAGCUGCCACUGGUACAGUUACUGGUUUCCCGAAAUGCAGAAAUUGACAAGCAAGAUAAUGUCCACGGCUGGACAGCUCUAAUGCAGGCGACGUAUCAUGGAAAUAAAGAAGUCGUUAAGUAUUUAUUAAAUCAAGGAGCGGAUGUCAAUCUUCGUGCUAAGAAUGGAUACACGGCGUUUGACUUGAUAAUGCUUCUGAAUGAUCCAGACGCAGAAGUCAUACGGCUGCUGGCAUCGGCGUGCAUGCAGGGGGAUAAAGAGAAGGGGAAGCAGGGCACCAAGCCAGCGGCGCUUUCUUUGAGAAACAAGACGUCUUCCGAUGCCCCAGGACUGCCAGAGGACAAGGGAGGACUGAAGUCAUGGUGGAACAGGAUGUCCAAUCGAUUUCGCAAGUUGAAGUUGACCCAAACGUUAAACCAUGGAUUUGCCAUAAAUCCAUCUGUGCCUCUUCCAGAAGAGUCCAAAUCACUGUUCGAUUGUACAAUGAAGGCUACCUUGCAGAACUGUGACCCUGGAAAUCAUAACGUCACUACAGCAUGGGCAUCCAAGAGCAAUGCUGAUGGUCUAGCCAGUAGAAAGGCAGAAAAUGAUUGUGAACUAUUGACCACAGUGUUAAGAAGUGGGGCUCCAUUUACAAGGUUGCCUAAUGACAAACUGAAAGCGGUCAUCCCACCUUUCUUACCUCCUUCAAGUUUUGAGCCGUGGAAUUCAGACAGGACCCAAACAAGCCAAGAUGGCGGCAGUGAACAGAUGAAGCUUGGCAUUCCAUACAGAUCCAGUAGCCAUGACUGUAAUGGCAAUGCUAGUUGUGACAAAGCAGCCUUAAGUAGAGCCACUAGGCCCAUUCAACUAUCAGCCUUUGCCCGAAGACCUCCUACACCCUCCAGCUCCAGCAAUUUCAACCAUUCACCUCAUUCUUCCGGAGGAUCCAGCAGCACAGCUGGGGUCAAUAGGCACGGCGGAGAAAUGCAUAAUAAAUCAGGUGGCAAUGCAGACAGUGUUUUGUCUCAGAUCGCAGCACAGAGGAAAAAAGCAGCUGGUGUAUCUGAGCAGAAACCCGGCCAACAACCAACGGCAGCAGGCUCCGCUCCAGUCUCCCCCCCCCCGGUUGUCUCCUCCCUCAGCUCGGAAGCGUAUUUCUCUCUGUGAUUAACAAAACAGAAAUUAGACGUGAACAAGAGUCCUCCACCGGAGAGUUCCUCUACCUCCAAAAGCACCUCUCCGACUCUCACGCCCUCGCAGUCCCCGUCGCCACCCCCCAAGGCUCACCGGGCUGAUUCCUCCCUGUCCUCCUCUCACAGGCCAGGGAAGAGCAGCGGCGGCUCCAGCAGCGGGACUCUGACGGAUGAAGAUGAACUCACAGGCAUCCUGAAAAAGCUCUCACUUGAGAAGUAUCAGCCUAUUUUUGAAGAGCAGGAGGUGGAUAUGGAAGCUUUUCUCACCCUUACAGAUGGUGAUUUGAAGGAACUGGGAAUUAAAACAGAUGGUUCUAGACAACAGAUUCUGGCAGCUAUUUCUGAGCUGAAUGCAGGAAAGGGACGAGAACGGAAAAUUUUACAGGAGACUAUACACAAUUUCCACUCUUCCUUUGAAAGCAGUGUUAGUAACACCAGCCCUGGAAAACCUCAGUCAUCGGGAUGCUGGGUAAGGGCACCAGAACCUUCUCCCGUGAAGAGGUAGCCCUGGUGCCAAGAUGCCCUCUUGUUCUGAAGGCUGGAGCCUAGAUGACUGAAGGAAAUGCACCCGGGGCACCUCCCUCUCCAGUGACGCCUCCCUGCAGAGCGUGAAGGGAAGAGGCAAACAACAUUAUGUCCUUCAUUCUGCAAAGCUGGCUUGGCAAUUAAUGGAGCUCCUGACUUUGGGAAGGCUGUGGAAGACAGUGAAGAGGGGACUGUGAUCCAAAGAGAUGAAUGGGUGGUUUUGUAGGAAGGCAGAACUCUCACAGGAUAUAUGUUGCUAACACUAAGAAACAGAGCACUGAGAAAGGAGGCACAACAGGACCUGUGUGCCGUUAAUAGGAACUGUUUAUUUCCAGAUGGGGAGCUGUAUUUGUCCGUAGCAGCAAAUGAAGCAAGUGCCAGUGGCCCCUUGAAGACUUAAUAAAAUUUAUUCCAGCAAAACUUUCAUGAGCUGGUAGUUGCUCCCUCAGAUACGUGGUGUACAUGUCUUUAGGCACAUACAUUUAUACUAAAUGUUGCAAGAAACAGAAAGGUUGCAGGAGGAAGUUUAACUUUACUCUCUGUAGCAUCACCCCCUUCUGUUUAGUACAAAUGUUGUUACCCGCCCUG